AUGGCAGACAACAAGCGCGCCGGCGCCAGCGAAGGCCCGCAGCCGACCAUGACGGAAUACAAAAAGUCGCAAGCGCGCGUGCGGGAACUGGUUGAGAAACGCCGUUUAUUGGAGAGACGCCUGAACCAGGUUGAGGAGGGCAUCAUCCAGAAGGAGUCUGCUUACCUAGAGAAUACGCCGAGCGGGAACAUCAUCACCGGUUUCGACAACUACAUGAAGGGCAUCAGCGGUGCCGCGGCGCAGCGCCGCAAGACGGGCCCCAUGGACCAGAAUCGCGUGUUUUCGCGGUCCUCCAUUUCCUACCGGCCCAAUGAAUCGACAACGCCGGGAUCAACGCCGGGAUCCCUCGCCCCGACGCCGGUGUCGGCAUCCUUUUCCGGCUCGACGCCCAGCGCUGUCGGUGGUGGUGGUGGUGGUGGUGGCGGCGGCAACAGCAAGGUCUCCAAGAAGAAGAAGCAGCUGCAGCAGCAGCAGCAAGAGACGGAGGACAGCGAAAACGAUGGUCAGACGGCAAAAAAGCGUACCGCGUUCGGCGCUUCGAGAAAGUAA